UGGCGGGUCAAUUGAAUUUCUAGCUCGAAUCCAUGGCCAAAUUUCGUCGCUAGGGCUAGGGUUUCGCUGCUCCUCCUCUUCGAAGGAUGACGAUCGCUGGAGCUCUUACGUCGGAUCUCGUGCAGAUUCCCUUUGCGUAUUCUUCGAUUGGCCGCCGCCAGCUGCGAUGCCCUAAAUAUUUCGUAUCUCCGGUGAUGAGGGAUGAUUCGAAGAUAGCAGCAUCAAAGAAGGAGAAAGAAGGGAUCUCGGAGCGAUCUGAUCUCCGAUCUGAGCCAGCUCGGAUCGGAUACCCGCGCAAGACCUCCGAUCUCCGAUUUGAUCGAUUGCAGCUCUCUGAUGAUGAGGUCGAUUGCGAGUACAAGAGGGCUUUCGGUCGUUAUAUCGCUAGAGAAGCGAUACUGGACGAAGAAUUUUGGACUGCGGCCUGGCUGAGGGCGGAGAGUCAUUGGGAGGACAAACAGGGUUCUCGCCAUGUGGAUACUUUCAAGCGGCAGUUUGCGGAGCAGGAGUUUAGUGCAAUAAAGAGACGUUGCACGCAACAACUUGCUGAGAAGUCCACUUGCAUCAUUGUGGUUAAGAAGGACGAACCUAAUAUGAAGCGCACAGUUCUGAGCAGCAUAGUUGGGACUCUGGACAUAAACAUUAGGCAUCUUCUAUGUGGAGAGACAUUCCCAGGGGAGCGUACUAAGGUGCCAGUACCCUGCACCAUGUUCGGAAGAAAGGAUCAACCUAUUUACGGGUAUGUUGCCAACUUAUCUGUUGUCAAGUAUGCACGUCGCAAGGGUAUCGCCAGUAACAUGCUUCUGCUAGCUGUCGAUGCUGCCAAAUCCCAUGGAGUCAAUGAGGUAUUUGUUCAUGUACAUACGAAUAACAUGGCUGCCCAGAAACUAUACGAGAAGUUAGGAUUCAAGAUGGUUGAAAAGGCUAUGCCCCAGUCUCUGGAAGAAGACAAGUUUCUCAUGUGCUUGAAGACUGCUUAGGUUGCUAUCUCUUCCAACACUAACUCAACAAGUUUGUACAGAAGAUUGGAUCACUCUCUAUACAGGAUUUCUUCUCAUAGAUCACGAUCAACACAGGAACUUCUCUGAUGCAUUCACCCAAUUUGGUGCGAUAAAACAUAGAACCGAAGUAGGAUUUAGAAAAACCCUAUUAUGAUUUUCAAUUGUACAGUGAGCUCAUUUGUUAUAAUUCGUAGCUACAGGUGCAAUGAAUAAAAUUUCCUCCAUUUUUCUGGA